AGUGAUUUCCGUGACGUAUUCAUAAUGUCGACACAUUUUACAGUUGCGUUGGCGUUUAUUUCACUUUUUGCCACUCUGGCGGCCGGCAAAUCAGAUCCUGGCAUCAUAGACAUUGUUAUAGAUCAAGAUCAGCAUUCGAUUAUCGAGCAGCGUCCGCUGCUGGCCAAAACAAAGAUCUACAUUAAACUUGAGUGCACGUCUGAGACGGAAGUUCCGCUUACCAUCAACUUUAAGCUGACCAAACAUCCAUGCCUCUACGAGGGACGUUUUCUGCUCAGCGACAAUCCGAAUCUGCUGCAAAAUGCUAGUCAACUCAUUAAAUCAACGGUUAGCAAUGCCACAUGUACGCAUCUCGUUGUCCUGCAGGACAACACUGAGCAGCCAAAGGAUGUGCAUCCCUUGAAGCAGAGCCAGAAUCCGCUUUCGGCGAUACCCAAAGCGAUUGCUAAUAUUGAUGAGGAUGGCAUCUAUGAGCUGGAACUGACCAUACUUACGUACAUAACAGCGACGUCUCCGCCCGCCUUUCGGGCAACGGUACACAUUGAAUUUCUGGGACCGCAUGGCUAUAUAUCGGCUAUAGAUUGGCCAUUCUUGCCGUUCUAUUUGACCAUGUGCGUUGUCUAUGUGAUUUUUGGUAUAAUUUGGCUAUUUGUAUCGUUUGCCCAAUGGCGCGAUUUGUUGCGCAUACAAUUCUGGAUCGGCGGCGUCAUAUUGCUGGGCAUGCUCGAGAAGGCCUUCUUCUAUGCCGAGUAUCAUACGGUGGCCAAUACGGGCUAUCCGGUUCAGCAUGCCGAACUCGUUGCUGAAUUUGUAUCGUGUGCCAAGCGUACUCUGGCCCGCAUGCUGGUCAUCAUCAUGAGCCUGGGCUUUGGCAUUGUCAAGCCUCGCUUGGGACCCAUGCUGCAUCGCGUUGUGGGCGUGGGCGCUUUAUACUUUUUGUUGGCCUGCGUGGAGAGCUAUUUGCGCAUUACCAAGGAUAAGAGUGAUCGCAGUGAGCUGCUGGUGGCCACCAUUCCAUUGGCCGUCCUCGAUACGGGCAUUUGUUGGGGCAUUUUCACGUCGCUGGUGCAAACCACACGCACGUUGCGUCUGCGCAGAAAUAUGGUUAAGCUAUCGCUGUAUCGACAUUUUACCAAUACGCUGAUAUUCGCCGUCAUCGCUUCCGUAAUCUUCAUGUUGUUUGCGUUGCGUUUGCGUAGAACCGAAAACUGCACGCCCGGCUGGCGCGACAUCUGGUUGGACACGGCUUUCUGGCAUAUAUUGUUCUCUGUGUUGCUGCUGGUCAUUAUGAUACUGUGGCGGCCCACAAACAACAAUCAGCGUUAUGCGUUUACGCCACUCCUGGAUGCGCCCGAGGAUGAGGACGAUGAGGAUGAGGAGGAACAGUUCGUGGCGGAUGCGUAUGGCAUUAAAAUGCGCGGUGCACAUCAAAAUGGCACCGCACGACCACCAGCGAAUGCGCGUGGGGCAACCACAACGGAAGAGGAUGAUUUGCGUUGGGUGGAGGAGAAUAUACCAUCGGCGAUGGGUGAUCCAGCGCUGCCAGUGCUCGAUUCUGACGAGGAGAUCAUCAAUACCAAGUUUGAAGUCUCCAAAAUGCAAUAAGCUGCUGGCCUCGGUGGCGGUGUACCUAAGAGACUUUCACAUUACUGUGUUGCACACUAUUAUUUAUAACUGAAUUAUUGAACGCACUAAUUGUCGGCAGAAGGGCAUUAAUUGCUGGACAACUCUUCUACUGCAUCUCCCUCAUUCUGUCUCUUAAAUGCUAUCCAUAUAUGUUUAUCGCUUACAUCCACGUCCACGUCCAAUCAGUCAGUAAAAACGCGAUUUUCAAACAGCCCAUGUAAAAUAUUGUAUGUAAUCGUAAACUAUUUUAAUUUUCGACCUCCUAAAUAAAUCUAAUUUAUUUGUAA